GACAAAAUGUCUGCGACCGUACGCACUUCUUCUAGAAUUCAAGCACGAAAAAGCAGGGUAGUUUCUACAGAUAAAGAACCGGCUGCGGAAGGAAGGAAGAGGAAAAAUUCAAAAGAUGACGAAACUCCUGCUGUUCCACCGACAACCCCUGCAAAGAAAUCUGCAGUCGUCCAGCAGAAUGUCACACUCACAAGCCCAAGUCCAUCCCACUCUUCAGCAGAGCCUUCUACACCAACUACAGCUUCAGGCAAACCAGCCCACAUAGUUGCCAUCUCCAGUCCUCCUGCCACAACACCAGCCAAUGCUACCAUGGCAACAAGGUCAUCACAGAGAGGGGCAGCAUCGUCAGUGCCCAAGGAGGAUGUGCCUUCCAAGGCAAUCGUAUCCACACAGCCGGUUGUUGCAUCCGCUCCACCUGAAAAUCCUCCUGCUACUUCUAAUACUGGAGGACAGUUCAAGUCUGAACCAGCGUCUCAGGCCAGUGUUGGUCCUGCUGCUCAACCGGCUGCUCAAUUGGCAGCUCAAGUCUUACCUCCUCCAACUCACAUCUUCAAGAAUCCAAAUUUUACACUUUCAGGUAGAGGGGGUGCAUCAGCUGGAAAGAAGACGAGGGCCUGGAAGACGUUGAAACAGAUCAUUACUUCUGAGAGGGUUCAACUCCAUAGACCAGUAGGCUCAACAUAUAGCAGUAUUGAUGCACCUUCUUCACGAAAACCACCAAAGAAAUACUCAGAUAUUUCAGGUUUGCCAGCAAAGUAUACAGAUCCUCUUACCAAGCUAAGAUACUCAACCACCGAGGAGUUUGCUCAAUUGCGAAUGUUUCCACAAGAUAUUGUGAAUGGACUGUUGUCAUUGAGGAGAGCAAAUUUAGAUGUCCAGUGAAAUGACACUGUGUCAGAAAA